GGUUCCCGGGAGCUGAAAAGAGGCCCUGGGCUGGGGGCCAGAGAGGGACUACCCCCUGAAGAACCAUCUACUGUGGGACUGUUGGGCCCAGAGGGACUGGGUCUGGGACUGGGUGUGGCCAGCCAGCAUUUCUCCCAUCAUGGCCUCUGUGUUAUGGAAGAGGGAGGUAGUGCCACCUCACCUUGGACUUCAGGGACCCAGAGUAACCCCUGGCCCCCAUCAAAUGCUUCCUGCAAUACUUUGCACACCAGAGACUGGGCUUUCCCAGAUCAAGGGGGACAGGGGUACCUGGGGGAGUCUCCAGGGCCAGCCCCUUCAGGCCAGCUGCACACACUUGACACUGAUUUGCACAAUCUUGCACAAAUAGAGGGUAAAAGCCCAGUGGCUAAGGGGGGCAAAGGGAGCAGUCCCUGGCCUAGGGAGUCCCCUGGAACUGCCAAUGGGCACAGUCCCGAGCACACACCCCCUGGCCCUGGACCUCCAGGCCCCUGCCCCACCAAGCGAAGGCUGCUGCCUGCUGGAGAAGCCCUGGAUGUCAGCUCUGAGGAUGAGGGGCCAGCCCCUCGGAGGCGCCGGGGAACCCUGGGCUGCCCUCUUGCUGCCAAUAGUUCUGAUGCCAAAGCCACCCCCUUCUGGAGCCACCUGCUGCCUGGGCCCAAGGAGCCUGUUUUGGAAUCAUUGCUUCGAGGACGCUUUGCACCAUCUGGCCACAUUGAGGGCUUUACUGCAGAGAUUGGAGCCAGUGGGUCUUACUGUCCCCAGCAUGUCACGCUGCCUGUCAUUGUUACCUUUUUUGAUGUUUCUGAGCAAAAUGCCCCGGCACCCUUCUUGGGUGUUGUGGACCUGAAUCCUCUGGGGAGGAAGGGUUACAGUGUGCCCAAGGUGGGCACCAUCCAAGUGACCUUAUUUAACCCCAACCAGACUGUGGUGAAGAUGUUCCUUGUGACCUUUGACUUCUCGGACAUGCCUGCUGCCCACAUGACCUUCCUGCGCCAUCGCCUCUUUUUGGUGCCUGUAGGUGAGGAGGGAAAUGCUAGCCCCACCCACCGCCUCCUCUGCUACUUGCUGCACCUCAGGUUCCGGAGCUCCCGCUCAGGCCGUUUAAGCCUGUAUGGAGAUAUCCGCCUGCUUUUUUCCCGCCGGAGCCUGGAGCUGGACACAGGGCUCCCCUAUGAACUACAGGCUGUGACUGAGGCCCCCCAUAAUCCACGUUAUUCACCUUUGCCCUGAUUGCCAUCAUUCUGAAGCUAGGUGGGCCCAGAGCCUGCCUAUCCUGCCCCAUCCUGGACAGGGUAAACUGUGGAGAAAUGGCAAGAGCCCCUUCAGGCUUGAAUUAAAGUCCUCAUCACGCUCA